AUGUUUGGCCUUGUCAGAGGUCUGCUGUUUGCUGCGGGCCUGGUGCAUGUGAUCCUCGCUCAGCAGCUCUUCGCCAACGAGCCAACAUGUGCUGAGGGCUGCUACGCGGACGCAGUCCAGCUCAGCGGCUGCAGUCCACAUGACCUGGCAUGCCAGUGCCGGUCCCCGAACUUUGCUGGGAUCGGUCUCGCCGGCGGGCCAUGUUUCCUCGCUCAAUGCAGCUUCAACGACCUGUCCGCCCUCUCUUCAGCGCGGACGGCGGCCUGCGCCACGGCGGCGGCCACUUCGGCGGCGCCGACGGCAGCGAACACACAGUCGACCGACGCAGCCACGGUGACAGCAUCGCCGUCGCCGUCCGUGUCCCUGUCAUCAUCAUCGGGCACACCUUCGGCGCCCACGAGCACGGCCCGCCGGGUCAACACCGCCACCGCGUCCGGGGAGGUGAUCGCCGCGGUGCCCACGCAGUCGUCCCCCGCCGUGCAGGUCGUGCCCGACAAUGGCAUGAUGGCGGCCGGCAGCGGCCAGGGGCAGGGCCAGACGCUCAACGCGGCGGCGAUUACGGGGAUCGUGGUCAGCGGCGGCGCGGUCGGGCUCACCGGCGGGAUCCUGCUAUACUUCUUCACCGUGGUCCGCCGCCGCAAGAUGGACCAGGCGCACUGGGACUCGCUCGAGCGAGAGAAGGCGGCCAUGCAACAGUCACUCGAGGAGCUGAAGAUGGCCGUGCAGAGGGCCGGGACCUUUGACAGCAUCGACGAGAAGAAGGGCGGCGGCGGCGGCGGAGGGGACAGGAAACGGCCGAGGACCAUCAACCUGACCUCGAGCAAGGGUCCCGGCGAGCUCGGGGUGCCGUCGAGGAUAUUUGAGCUGCCGGCUUCACCAGCUAAAUUGGAAAAGAUCUGA